AUGGCCGGUGACAUAGCUAUGGAUGACGAGUUGAUUGAGUGUGGGGAGGAGACGUACGCUGCGGAUGUGCGGAGUGGUGGAGGGCAGUCGGCUGGAACCGGUUUGCGACAAACGGGGGAGGGGAUGUGGCGAACUGGUUCGGAUGGGAGGAGUAUUGGUUGUAGCGAAAGGAAUAGUGUGGAGAAUGUGCAUGGGGUGGGAGAAGGAGGGGGUAAGGGCGGUGGGCAAGGUUGGCAGGAAGCAUUAAUUGGAGAGGUUGGUAGAGGGGAGGGCGGUGGACGUGGUAGGCAGCAUGCUUUGGAUGAAGAAAUUGGAAGAGGGGAGGGCGGUGGGCGUGGUAGGCAUCAUGUGUUGGUUGGAGAAAUUGGUAGGGGGGAGGGCGAUGAUGUGGGCGGAUUGGGCACUGAUGGAGGAGGAGGGUGCGGUGUUUAUGCCGGAAGGGGAGGGUAUCGAUGUAGAGGAUGGCGGGGAAGGUGA